CCCUCAUUCCCGGAAUAAAUGGACUCGUUCUCCGAACUUCAAUUCCUAAUCCUAAAAAUACAUCCAAUAAGUCAUCAAAACAUCCGCAAAGUUGCGGAAAUUUAGAGGACAUUUCAGGUUCACGGACACCAAUAUCAAUCCAGGGUUACAUGUGCCUUCUCCCAUUCUGCUUGAACACCAGAAUUCACAUGUUUAUUAAUAAAAUCGUGAUUCGUGUCAAUGUGACGAGAAAUGCGAGCAAUCGAGUUCCGAUGAUUAUUCUCGUUCACGUUAUUUCCGGCUUCUGGUGAUCGUAAUGUGCUGCCCCCGUCCGCUUGUCUGUGCACCACAUGUUGGUGAUAUGGCGAUGUUUAUCAAGUGGUUAAAGUCACUUGGGGGCGACGUACUCCAUUAUAAGCACUAUUUUCCGCGAUAAAUCAUAGGCUUCACAAUAUUUAUCAUUUAAAAUGGUUGUGAAGCAUCAUGUUGAGGGUUACGAACCCUUCCUCGAGUUCAUGGAGAACCUGAAGCCGCAGGGACCGGUGAUUGUUCUCUACUCUGGCAGCAAAUUGCUUAGUGGACAGAGUUGGUGUCCUGAUUGUGUCGAAGCUGAACCGUUUAUUGAGAAGGGACUCGAAGCUGCUCCUGAUAAUGCACAUUUCAUCCACGUUGAAGUGGGGGACAGAGCAUUCUGGAAGGACCUCAAAUGCCCAUUUCGCUCAAAUCCAAAAACCAAAUUGAAUGUGCUGCCGACACUGUCGUUAUGGGGCACGCAAAAACGCCUGCAAGGUGAUGAGUGUCUCGAUGUGGGUCUUAUCGAAAUGCUCCUCGAGGAAGACGAUUAGAUUAUGAUAAGAUGAUUUGUAAUGCUGAUGUACAUUUCCUACUCAUUUUCUAUCACGUGUGGAGAAUUAAAUUGUGGUAAAACAGGAAAGAA